AUGUCGCAAAACCCAGAGCGACAAGCGGAAUCGUGGACCAUCAGAAAUGAGAUCUCAGACACGGCAAGCAAGACUGAAAAUGCUAGGAAAAGGCCAAGUGGUCACCCACCAUUUGACGAUGUAACCUACGUUCUAAACAAGGAUGAUGAAAUCCUCAAACAGAAAUAUUGCCGCAGCCGGCCGGUUUUGGACAAAUGGGCCAUCCAAAAACUCGAAGAAAAAGACGUCGAGAUUACAUGCGUCAUCAGCUAUUACGAGAAGCAGCGAUCGAAGCACCUGCGACAAUGUCAGGCUUACUUUGACGAAACGAAAGCCAAAGUCCAGCGGCUCAAAGAUCAAGUCAGGCAAAUGAGUGGGGAUUUGCAGCAUGCAGCUCGAGAGAUCCAGGACAGGGACGACCACAUUGCGUCCAUGUACAAGGCCAGUGGCAACUUUUCCUUGAACACAGAGAAGACUCAGGAUGAAAACAGCCGAACCGACAUGGAUUCUACACAGCCUUUGCACAGGAAGCGGACCAGGACAAAGCCGCCGAAUGAUGAAGCGUAUGCUGAAGCGGGCACCGUAGAGGCUGAUCCUUACGUGGAGGAAAACAGUCAUGCCGCGACUGCGAUCGAAGUACUGCCUAGCACAAAAGUAGUCAAGCAGAAGCAGACAUCGCAAACAAGCUCUUCACGGACCAGGCCCAAGAGGUCGAAGCGCGAAAACGAGCCUGGAGGGACUUCGCGUUCUGUACCAGAGGCGAAAUGCACCAAGGACUCUCUGAAGACCAUCCCAAGCCUUGAUGACAACGUCGAUUAUCUCCAACCAGGGUUUGACGCCAACUCCAUCACUGUGAAAGAGUUGAAGAAGAUAUUCGUUACGCACGCAAUCAACUUCAGUCAUAGCUCGAAGAAAACAGCGCUAGUGGCUCUAUUCCAGAGAGAAAUCGAACCCCGAGCUGGUGCUACGUUGGAGGUACGGGCGAACAUCAAACGCUCGGCAGCGGGCAUCGUUGAUGUUAGAUAG